AUGGGCUGCUAUGGCCUUCAAUCCGUUCAAAUCAUGCGCUAUCGAUUGGUAGAAAGGCGCAUCUGCCUCCCAGAUCUGGAUGUCGGUCCCGUCGCCGAUGCCACCCCACUUAUCAUCCAGGUCCUUUCAUCCAGAGCGGCAAAAGUCCGGGGGAGCGUUCUACCCGGUGUCAAGAACGUCUGGUCCGAGGCAGGCAAUCCUACCCCUGCAUGGACAUGA